GCCACCAUUUUACCAAAAAAAAAAAAAGUUAACGCCACCACGUUUAGCUCUCCAAAGCUUUUGAAUCCCGAAAAUCAAACGAAAAAACGUCUUGAAACGUUUCUCUUACUGUCCACCAUGGCUAGAGCACAACAGCGAUACCGAGGUGUCCGCCAAAGGCAUUGGGGCUCUUGGGUCUCCGAAAUUCGUCAUCCUAUAUUGAAGACGAGAAUAUGGCUAGGAACAUUUGAGACGGCAGAGGAUGCAGCAAGAGCAUACGAUGAAGCAGCAAGGCUGAUGUGUGGGCCAAAAGCACGUACCAAUUUCCCAUACAAUCCCAAUGCGCCUCUCAACAAGCUUCUUUCAGCAACUUUGACAGCCAAGCUACACAAGUGUCAAACGGCCAAAAAACCUGUACAGAAGAAAGAGCCACAGUUUACUAUGAGUUCCCAUCAAAGCAGUGCCCAAACUGGUUUUGUAGAGGGUCAAGUGGAGACUAGUACUGAUAAUCAGCAAUUUAUGCUUCUUGAAGAUGACCAUAUAGAGCAAAUGAUUGAGGAGUUACUUUAUUAUGGCUCUAUUGAGGUUUGCAAUGUUAAUGUGCCAACAUAGGAGAGGGCUCUAAAAUUUAAAUGUGGCAUCUUCCAUUUCUUAUUGUUAGAGCCAACUUUUUGUUAUCUAUGCUAGAUUACCUUGUAAUAAUUAA